CGACGAAUAAAUAAAAUGAACGCAAAUUGUGAUUUCGUAAAAUUAUUUGAUGUUUAGUUGCUGUUCUUUAUUCAUUGCUUCUGCAUUUGGAUUUAUACAAUUUAAUAAUAAUUUUCCAGUUGCUGUGGAUUUAUUGUGAAUAAUAUAAAAGUAAAAGCAGCUCCUACAUACAGAAAUAUGAGUGGUAAAAGCUAUCAGGAUUUGGCAGCAAUGAAGAAAUUAUUAACUUCUUGGCAGGUUCUCAUACUCUACGAUGCGUUUAAAGAAGAAGAUAUUUCCAUCAAUGAACUUAAAAUACUGGAAUUUAGACACAUACAUAAUUUAUUAAACAAUUACAAAACGGGUGUUAGAAUUCGAUUUGAAUAUCACUUUAAUAAUUGGCGCAAUACAAUUGGAUUACCCUUAAAACCUGAUAUCUGUUGUUGCCGUUAUAAAACAAACCAAGAUAAUAAUAAUAGUUUCAUGGAAUGUCACAACAUGGAAAACUCAAUAACAAAUACUACUACUAAUACUGAUGAUUUUCAUAAUGAUGCUAAAAGAAAACGACACAAUCACAAUGUGACAGAAGAUCUUUCAUAUUUUAAUGAAUCUCAGCCACAAUUAUCACCACAAUCUGCAAAAUCGGAUAAUUCGGAAUCGGAAAUGAUAGACAAUUCACCUGCACCAGCAAUAAGAUGUGAAACACCCAACCUACAAUCGAAUAAAACUGAUGACGAAGAAGAAAUGGACAAUUUAAACAUAUUAGUCGAUCUUAUAUCAAGCUCUGUAAAGGAAACAAAGCCAAAAUUUCCUUCAAAACAGAUACUUGAUAGAAGCCCCGUUAAUUUAGCACAAAUUUUACAAUCGUCUGGCACACGUGGCCUCUCUAUUGUAAAUUUCUACAAGAAAAAGAAACAUUUAACAAACGUCCAUCGUACCCAACUAAUACAGACUAUUGUAGAUUUUUUCGAUGAAAAUGAUAUUCAUUUGUCGCUGAAUAUGAGUCACAAUCUGGAAUCCGAAAUAAUGAAAAUGUUUCCAACGGAAACAAUGGAAUACUAUCGCACGGAAAAACGUGGCAAAAUUUAUGUGAAAUUUUCCAAUAUGAAACGUUACAAACGUGAACGCAACAAUAAAGUGAAUUCUGAAAUAGAAAACAUAAGUCGUCGUACUCGUCAAUCACAUACCAAUGAUGACAAUGUGCAGUCGAUAGAUGAGAAUGGUGUAGAACAGGAUGUAAACAACUAUGAGGGAUGGCCCAUAAUUGCUGAACCAGAAGUUAUAGUAAAAGAGGAAAAUUUUGUUGAAUACGACGAAAAUUUGGAAUGAAUUUAAAAACAAUUUCUUUAUCAUUAGGAUAUCUUGUAAAUGGUUUAGAUUAGUGUGAUGAUAUUUGUAUUUUAAUAAAAUAUUUCUUUUUGUGGUUAUCUACUUUACAGUACUAAA